UAGAUGACACAAAAUGCGUGGCUGUUUUCUAGUACUAGGAGAAAUCAGGCUUGCAGGUAAUUCAGAGAUCACAGAAAUUUUCCUCCUACAGUGAGCCUGACUAAGCCUUGUUUAGAGCCUUGCUAUAGAGUUUUUUUGUGUAAAUCAACACAAUUCUAAAUGGAAAGAAUUCUCAAAUUUAUGACCUUUAUGUUGCAUAUAGCAUUAGUCCAUCUUUGGUAAAUCCCAAAACAGCUGGAGUGUAGAUAUUUUGCUGAGAUAAAAUACUAAGAAACCAUGAUUGUCUCUGCAUCAAAGUGGAUAAAUACAAGGAAGAUGUUGCACUUGUUUUCUUCUUUGCUCUCUUGCCCCCAAGAUCAAAAUAAACUCAACAAUGAAUCUUACGAUGUGGAAGAAUAUCUUCAGAAAGAAAAUAAGGUGACCAGAGAUGAGAAUAAGGCUCUAAGAAAAGAAAACAAGUUCCUCUGGGAAGAAAACAAAGCUCUUCGAGAGGAAAACAAAGCCUUCCGGAUGGACAACCAAUUAAUCCAGGAGCAGAAUCAAUUCCUGAGGCAGCAAAAUCAGGUCCUGUGGAAGUUUAAAGCUGUGAUUUUAGAAAACCUAAAUCCACCGGGAGAAAAUAUCAAUGCCUUGAACACAGAAAGAAAUUCUUAUUGGCUACAGGAUCAUGUCCUAGAAACUCAGAUCGAGGGUAUUAGAGAACAGAAAAAAGCCUUCCAGAAAGAGGCAAAAGCUCUUCAAGAAGAAAUAAGGUCUCUCUAUGAAGAGAUGAAGGCUCUACAACACCAGGAGAGAGCAAUCAAGAUGGAGGAACAAGCCCUGAUGAGAGAAGGGGUAGCUCUAGAGUUGGAGGAACAGGCUCUCUGGAAAGAGGAAGAGGCCCUUCGUGAGGAAAACAAGGCACUUAGAGAAGAAAACAAUGCUCUUCAAGAGGAGGAGAUAGCCCUUCUGGAAGAGGCAAAGAUCCUCAAGGAGUGGAAUAAGAGGCUUCAGGAAGGAAACAACCAAUCAGCUGGCUGGGAAAAUGCAUAAUAAAUGGAGCAGGAAUAAUGUGACUUGAAGACAAACUGGAAAGCCAUGAAAAUCACUGACAUUCCAGAAAAAAUUACAAAUUUUGAAGAUGAAAUAAUAUUGUUGGAGUGCGGGAGUCAAAAUCUUGAAAAUCUACAAUGCUCAGAAUUUGGCCCUAGAAACUAAAUAAAGCUCUGAGAGUUAAAAAAUAAGGAUUAUUUAGGUUUAC